AUCCGCUGGGCCGCACCACCGUCGCCGCCCGAGGUCGUUUGGCCUCGGGUCCGAGCUUCCGUGACAUGGACACCAGCGACCUCUUCGCCAGCUGCAAGAAGGGGGAUGUGGGCCGAGUGCGGUACCUUCUGGAGCAGCGUGAUGUGGAGGUGAAUGUUCGGGACAAAUGGGACAGCACCCCUUUAUACUAUGCCUGCUUGUGUGGACAUGAGGAGCUGGUACUCUACCUUCUGGCUAAUGGAGCCCGCUGUGAGGCCAACACCUUUGAUGGAGAGCGCUGCCUCUAUGGGGCGCUGAGUGAUGCCAUCCGGCGGGCACUGCGAGACUACAAGCAGGUCACAGCCUCCUGCAGGAGGCGGGACUACUACGAUGACUUCUUGCAGCGGCUUCUAGAGCAGGGUAGCCACAGCGAUGUGGUGUUUGUCGUGCAUGGGAAGCCAUUCAGGGCACAUCGCUGUGUCCUGGGAGCACGCAGCGCCUACUUCGCGAACAUGCUGGACACCAAAUGGAAGGGCAAAAGCAUCGUGGUUCUCAGGCACCCACUGAUCAACCCCGUGGCCUUUGGGGCCCUGCUGCAAUACCUAUACACAGGCCGUCUGGACAUCGGUGUGGAGCAUGUUAGCGACUGUGAGCGCCUAGCCAAGCAGUGCCAGCUGUGGGACCUGCUCAGCGACCUGGAGGCCAAGUGCGAGAAGGUGUUCGAGUUUGUGGCCUCCAAACCAGGCACAUGUGUGAAGGUUCUGACCAUUGAGCCACCCCCAGCUGACUCCCGUUUGCAGGAGGACCUGGCAUUGCUGGCGGACUGCGCCCUGCCCCCUGAGCUCCGUGGCGAUCUUGGGGAGCUGCCCUUCCCCUACCCUGAUGGCUUCAAUAGCUGCCCUGACAUCUGCUUCCGUGUGGCCAAUUGCAGCUUCCUCUGCCACAAGGCCUUCUUCUGUGGCCGCAGUGACUAUUUCCGGGCCCUGCUGGAUGAUCACUUUCGAGAGAAGGAGGAGCCAGAAGCCUCAGGGGGCCUCCCAGCCAUCACACUGCACAAUAUUUCCCCUGAUAUCUUCACCCACGUGCUCUACUACAUAUACAGCGACCACACUGAGCUGCCCCCUGAGGCGGCCUAUGACGUGCUUUGUGUGGCUGACAUGUACCUGUUGCCAGGCCUGAAGCGGUUGUGUGGCCGCAGCCUGGCCCAGCUGCUGGAUGAGGAUAGCGUGGUGGGUGUGUGGCGGGUUGCCAAGCUCUUCCACCUGGCCCGGCUCGAGGAUCAGUGCACUGAGUACAUGGCCAAGAUCAUCGAGAAGCUGGUGGAGCGGGAGGACUUUGCACAGGCAGUGAAGGAGGAGGCGGCAGCUGUGGCGGCCCGGCAGGAGACAGACUCCAUCCCGCUGGUGGAUGAUAUCCGCUUCCAUGUGGCUAGCACAGUGCAGACCUACAGUGCCAUUGAGGAGGCGCAGCAACGGCUGCGGGUGCUUGAGGACUUGCUUAUGGCCAUGGGCUUAGACUGCUGA